ACUUUAUGCAGUCAAAGUCAUCCAUAAUGUAUUACCAUAGAGUGUAGAAUGAACAUAAAUAAAUACGAAAAUCGGUGCUUUUGAAUAAUAAAAGUGUAAGGAAUGUCCUUUCUAUGCCGAAGUAGUAAAUUAACACGUAACACAAGUUAUUUGUUUAAAUACUAUAAGAAUAUUGUGGUUGGUCAUACACAUGACAACAUCAGAAGAUUCACAUCAUCUGCUAAAAAGUCAAGAUCGUUUGUUAAGCUUGGCUUGGUUGGUGUAACGUUGGGGGGUGUAAUCGGGACAGGUUAUUCUAUUCAUCAACUUAAUCAGCCCAAGACUCACAUACUUAAUGAAGAAGUUGCAAUUCCACUUAUCGAAAACCCCCCUGAAAUACCUCCAUCAAAAAAGAUAAGAAUACCUGGAGAUCAAAGUGGUUUGAAGCUAACAUUGUAUCAGUACCAAACUUGCCCGUUUUGCUGCAAAGUUCGAGCCUUUCUAGAUUAUUAUGGUAUAUCAUACGAUGUCAUUGAAGUGGACCCGGUUUUAAGACAAUCUAUUAAAUGGUCCCCAUAUAAGAAAGUGCCCAUUUUGUUAGUAAAUGUUGGGGAAAAUAAAUAUCAGCCUUUGAAUGACAGCAGUAUGAUAAUAUCAGCUCUGUCGUCGGUCUUAAGGGAUUCAAAAAGAGACAUUGAAGAAAUUACAGGGUAUUAUCCUUUUAUUUCUUUUCAAGAUGAAGACGGCUCUAUUAAAAAAGAUAUAAUGAACAAAUACUUCUUGAUGCUUGGAGAGAAUGCUGACAGACUGAAAAGCCUUGAUGAUAUAAAUGAAGAACGAAAAUGGCGUAAGUGGGCUGAUCAAGUUCUGGUUCAUGUGCUUUCUCCAAAUGUGUACCGUACAAGAGAGGAAGCUCUACAGGCUUUUGGAUGGUUUUCUGAAGUGGCAGAAUGGGAUAAACAUUUUCCUGUGUGGGAAAAGUACUUAAUGGUAUAUGUAGGCGCUUAUGCAAUGUGGCUGGUUGGAAAAAGGCUAAAGAAAAGGCACCAUUUGAAGGAUGACGUUCGUCAAUCCCUUUAUGAUGAAUGUAAUUACUGGGUCAAGGAGGUAAAUAAGAAAGGGACCCCUUUCAUGGGUGGCAAAGAACCGAAUUUAGCGGACUUAUCAGUUUAUGGGAUACUGUCAAGCAUAGAAGGAUGUGAUGCUUUUCAAGAUUUACUAAAGAAGUCCAAUAUCAAGACCUGGUACUACAACAUGAAAGAAGCCGUUACUAAGCAUCAAGGAUGUGAAUUUGCGUAGUUUUAUCAUUAUUUUUUUAUUGAACACCAUUAUUUUGAUUGAUGUAUUAUUGUCCUGUAUGUAACAUUCAGGCAUGUUAACUCAUUUUAACUUAUUAUAUUGUAAUUAUUCUAUUCGAUCCUAUCGUUAAAAUAUAUAUGUACAUAUACAAUUUAAGUAAAAA